AUGCUAACGGUAACCAUUCUCAUACAACGCAGGCUCACUCAGGCAAUACGUCGAACACUUUCGAUUCCCUCCUCACCUGUCAAUCAAAUCCUUUCCAGUUUCUACUUUCUUUGCACCAAAACACCUGAAAGUUUUCCCGAUAAAAUUUUAGACUCGAAAGAAGAAAAACCCAGUUGCUUAUCUUAUAGGAUUGAGAAGCUGCCAAAGGGUGAGUCUGCUGGGUCUUCCGUUCAGAGCUGGAAAUUUCCCAAGAAAAUGUUAGAGUCAAAAGAAGAAGAAAAACCCAGUUGCUUAUCUUAUAUGAUUGAGAAGCUGGCAAAGGGUGAGUCUGUUGGGUCUGCCUUUCAGAGCUGGAUGGGUCGUGGGUUUCCUAUUCACAGAGGAGAGAUUUUCCACGCCAUUAACCGUCUCAGGAAGCUCAAGAUGAACAAACGAGCUCUUGAGGUAAUGGAAUGGGUGAUCAGGGAAAGGCCCUAUAAGCCUAAGGAACUAGACUACUCUUAUCUAUUGGAAUUUACAACUAAAUUUCAUGGGAUAUCACAGGGUGAAAGGCUCUUUUGUUGUGUCCCUUCCGAGUUCCAGAAUGAUCUGCUCUAUAACAACCUCGUGAUAUCAUGCUUGGAUAAAGGUUCGAUAAGGCUUUCACUUGCGUACAUGAAGAAAAUGAGGGAAUUGGGUCAUCCCAUCUCACACUUGGUCUUCAACCGCCUCAUAAUCCUCCAUUCCUCCCCGAGCCGUAAGAAAAUCAUCCCCAAAAUCCUCACUCAGAUGAAGGCUGAUAAGGUGGUUCCACAUGUCUCAACCUACAACAUUCUUAUGAAAAUGGAAGCUAACGAACACAAUAUUGAAGGGCUGAUGAAGGUAUACAGUGACAUGAAACGAGCAAAAGUUGAGCCAAAUGAAAUAUCUUACUGCAUAAUAGCUACUGCACAUGCAGUGGCAAGGUUGUACACAGUGGCCGAAGCUUACGUUGAAGCUGUGGAGAAGUCUGUUACAGGGAAUAACUGGUCAACACUAGAUGUACUACUUAUAUUGUAUGGGUAUUUAGAGAAAAGGAAGGAACUGGAGAGAAUUUGGGGCAUUGUGCAAGAACUCCCCCAUGUUAGGUCUAAAAGUUACAUACUGGCAAUUGAAGCAUUUGGUAGAAUUGGACAGCUGAGUCAAGCUGAAGAGAUUUGGUUAGAAAUGAAGUCGGUAAAAGGGUUAAAAACAAGUGAGCAGUUCAACUGUAUAAUAUCUGUAUAUUGCAAACAUGGGUUGAUUGAUAAAGCAUCUGGUCUUUUCAUGGAAAUGGAGAUCAAUGGGAGCGAACCAAAUGCCAUAACUUACCGACAUCUUGCUUUGGGUUGCUUGAAAGCAGAAUUGGUGGAGGAAGCCUUGAAGACUCUAGAUUUGGGGAUGGAUCUAAUAACGACCAAGAGGGUCAGGAAUUCAACCCCAUGGUUGGAGACCACUCUUUCAAUAGUUGAGAUUUUUGCAGAGAAGGGCGAUUUAGUGAAUGUUGAGAAGUUGUUUCAAGAACUUACAAAAGCUAGGUAUACCAGGUAUACAUUUGUAUACAAUACUUUGCUCAAGGCAUAUGUGAAGGCCAAGAAAUAUGAUCCAAAUUUUUUGAGAAGGAUGAUUCUAGGAGGGUCUAGGCCAGAUGCUGAGACCUAUAGCUUGAUGAAACUUGCUGAGCAAUUUCGGAGUUGAUUGUAAUCUGCUAUAAUACUCAUUUUUCUUGAUUUUUAGUGCAAAGAGGUGGCUUAUCAAAUUUGUGUGUAGAAAAGAAUUAGGAGAUUUGGGAGGAUCAUACAGUUAUUCUGGAUUACAGCUGGGAUUAUAGUAUAGAUGCUUAAAUAAUAAUAUGCAGAUUUAAUUGUGUUUCUGCCCCCACG